UCGCGAGACUCCAGAGGGGAUGGAUCUGCCGCAUAGUGCGCGGAUAUAGAAUGCCGAGGGAAAUUCGGUGACUCGGUCGAGCGUCGCGCAUCAGUUGCUAUGCGUCCGGGUGCAGCGGCGAACGCGGCGCGCGAUCCGAGAGCGAAUCAACGUCCUUAGUCGCUCUCAUCUCGGCCGGCCGCGACGAGACGUACGCAUACUCACUAAUUCUCACUGCCUAUUCUUUCCCUUGGCCAACGACGACGGCAACGGGCAUACCCUCCUAGACGACGUGCUCGGCUUCCAUGCGACGGUCACGGGCCCGACGUGAUUAGACCUCGACAGAGCACGCACAUGAUCCGGUGAUCCGCAACCAUGAUCGCGAAUCAAGCCGCGCCGAUCAUCAGCCUCGUCCUCGUUGUCCUGGCAGUCACUUUCGAUCGUGGUGAAGCAAUAAUAUGUUAUCAAUGCAACAGCGAGUACGACCCAAGAUGUGGCGAUCCAUUCGACUCGUACAGCCUGGGAACUGUGAAUUGCAGCUUUCAGCCUCGCCUGGAGCACCUCAGCCACUUAGAACCUACUCUUUGCCGGAAAAUUAGUCAAAAAGUGUACGGCAAGGUGAGGGUCGUCCGAAGCUGCGGUUACAUCACCAACGAGAUGGACAACGGUGAGUGCCUUACGAGGCAGGGCACCCAUGACGUGCGCGCACAAUACUGUUCGUGCACCGGUGACCUAUGCAACUCCGUCGAGAGUCUUCGCACGCCGUCCUUACUGCCACUGGCGUUUCUCUUGACUGCCGUUCUGGUGACACCGAGUCUGCUGCUCCUGCCCUCGUGCCCGAUCGCGCCGUCUCUCCCUCUCGGUAGCCUAAUUAAUUGAAUCACAUCUGAGGAUUCACCAGCCGUCGUCGCACCCUACGGACCGUUCGUACACCAGAUAACGCUUUCCGUUGUCACCAUCAUCGGUGUCCAUCUGUGGACACGAUCGUUAUCGUCAAUUUCAUCGCGCCGCGAAUUUCUCCAAAAAAAUCCAUCUAAAAUCUAAAAAAAUUACAAUCACGAGAAAAUUGCGAUACUUGCCGCCUUUCAAUUUCUCAUCAAUUGCUAACUUUCGGCCUAACUAAAUAAACCGCCUCGAACCACUAGCAGGACACGCCAACGUUGUGCGUCGCCAACGAGAACCUUGUAUUCAAAUCAUCGAAUUCUAGGUCAGAAUUUUAAGUUUGCGCGGGUAUAUCCAAACUGUACAACGAAUCCGAUGUUGCUCCUCGUACUUUGCCCCGGAACCGACACCCGCAAUACGGUUUUCGAUGUCAGUUUCAAAUUCCAGUACUCCCGAUUAAACGGUCCGUAAAAUAGCCGGAUUAUAACGUAGUGUAACGGUGAUAACUGCCAGAUGUGCGAGAAAGAUACUUUAGUAGUACAUAUCUUCGAGAAGAAAAAACCAAAAAGAAAACAAAAAAGAACGAAAAAAGAAGACAACACGGCCUCUGCGUAAAGGAAAUCAAUCGCACUUGUCGCGCGACCACUUCGGCCACCCGCACUGCAAUUCGGCCGUUAAAUAGAAAAUUUCUGGAUAUUUUUUGCACGGGUAGAUUAAGAGGAAUUGACUGAGAAUUCAUUCUGCAACGCAUUCGUUAAAUUACAGAUCAUUAUUCUUGCACCUUAAUCGUCGGAAUUAUUUUUCACAAUUAUUUAUUUAACUUUUGCAUAAUGUGUAGUUGUUGCGCAGUCCGCAAAAUUGUGCAAUCGACUCUGUUGUUGCUCACAUUUGACGUAUAUUUCAACAACUGCUGCUCCACGUAGCGUGUUCCGUUGUCUCGCCAGAUGGAAAACUGACGCAUCGCUCAAGUCUUGCUAUGCGAUCGUUCAAGUCUUCAUCGCUGGCGCUCGUAGAAGCACAGCUUUCGGAAUUGCCGAGCAGAAAUUCUCCCGUAGAAUGCACUCGCGUCGAUUUCUGCUAAUCCGCCUAUUUUUGUACAGGAACAACUCGAGCCGAGUCGUUUGUUGUCCCGUCGCGCGACAAGCGCGAUGAUGUCGGCUUAGAAAGCGAAAAAGUGGAAAAACGGAAAAGAUAUUUUACGAGAAUUUAUAAUUAGUACAAGGAAUACAAUGUCACAUGGUAAGAUGAAUACAAAGUAGCGGCAUCGCGACACAUUUCGCACCCCGCCUGCUGAGAUAUACACGUGUGUGUCUGCGUCGAGUGCGAGCCUGAUGCGUGUCGUGUGCGUGUACACGUGCGUACACAUAUGAACAAUUACGUAUAUGCAUGCAAAGUAACAAGUAGAGACAGAUCUAUUUUGUUGUCGUCGAAGCGAAGCCUAAAUGGAAUUGCACGGGAGAGACCGGCAGUUCUGCUUACUCCUAGAGGUGUCGUGUAGCGUCUGCGACGAGAAGAUGCGGAAUGUAGGGCCACUUCGACCAAACUCCGGUUAAAGUAAUCGGCGAUUAACUUUCAGUGUGUUCUACUAAUAGCAUUUCUGUCUGCCAUUUUCUCGAAGAUAUUUAUAUUCAUAAUUCUCAAAUAAGAUAUUAAUAAUUCUAUGUUGUUUAACACUUGUUUGACAGUUUUUAAUUUAGGAUAUAGAAAAGAACAAGAGAGAGAGAUCUUUCUCUAUCUUUCUAAUAAAUAAAUAUAAAUAAAUAUUUUUAACAAUAAUAAACUUUUUAAUAAUAAUAAAUGUGUUUUAUUUAUGAUGUUGGCAAUCUGUUGUCUGAGAUAAUCAACACGAUUAACUUAAACGGAGUUUGGUCGAAGUGGCCCGUAAUGCGGGAUGCACUCGAUCGGUCUGCUUCUGACUCUUCUUCUCCCAAGCUAAGCGGCCUGAAGAAAUAAUUAAAAGGCGAAGAGGUGUAAACCUUCACGCUGUUAAAAAGAUACACUAGCUUAAAGCGGGCUUCUAAAGCGGGCCGUAUGUAAGAAACGGGGUGCAACAUAUCGACUUAUGCCGAGUAUGCCGAGAAAAACCUCGUAUUUAGCUCUAGUAAGGGUUGAGAGUGCUCCAUCGCGUCCACGGUUACUUCGUGUCUCGCGAAACGUGUCUUUGCAAUAAGAGUUUAAACUAUUAUUUGAGUCACCUGAGCGUACAAUAAGCGUCAUUUGUAUGCCUGUGCGAGCGCGUGGUGUGCGUGUGCUGUAAUAAUUGAGCGAAGCGCUAAACUCAAUAGGUCAGUUAGAGCUGGUUGCUGCAUCUUCAGGCAAAGCGUUUCGCUAAUUUAUCCGACAAGUAGAUCUCCUUUAUGUCUUUUUUAAAUCGUAACGUUGAUUACGAUGUAGGCAGACAGUUGAAAAGUAGUCAGCCGAUGUUGGAAAGCCGGCCCUUAUUAAUUUGUUCUUGCUUCUUUGCAGCCGAUGAGAGACAAAAAGUGAAACAGGGUGUUCGGUGAUGAGCUUGUGGCGUUUCUGAUAGACACAGCGAUUUCUUUCCACUUGGAAACGAUUUCCAUUAUCUUGAGUUUCGUUCAUUGUGAAAAGUAUUCCUAUUUUCUUUUUCUCCUUGUUACAAUUAAAAACUGUAUUGCUAUGCUAUAUUAUAGAUUGAUCAUUUUGGUAAAUGUUAAGCUUAAGCCUGACCUCACCGAUUUCAAUUACCUAGUCGUAUACUGUCAAGAAUAUGGCUCUGAUUAACUUGCAAAAGAUUUUAGUCGUCGCUCGUUGCUUAUUACAAAGUUAUGAACAAUUAAGAAAUCGCUCCUAAUCUUAACAUUUAUCACUAUUUUCAGUAACAAGUUUGUUUCUCUACAAUUUCUGCUGGACAUCGCGAUAAUCGAACACCCUACAAAAUAGAUAGCUUGCAAAAGUAAGAUCACAACUAGAAGCAAGGUCAUGAUCUGGACUGAACUAGAAGCAUUAUUCACGAAAGCUCGUCCCAAACAGCAAAAGAGCUUGCAGGGCAACUUGGAGUUGAUAAAUCAGCAGUAUCUUCCCAGUAAGAAAAAUGCAAGCAGAUUGGCAACAGAUUUCCAUAAAACUUGCUGGCAAAUUGGCAUCCGUUAUGUCCGCAUUCGGCUUAUAAAUUUAUAUAAUCUACUAGCAGAACCUGCUCAGCAAAUUCUGCCAGCGGAUUGGCGGUAAAAAGCGAGCAGGAUCUGCAGUAUGUUCCAUUUAAAUACAUUAAAAUACAUUGGAACGAUUCUGCUCGGUUUCUGCCGUUAUUAUAUUCUGCCAUCAAAACCUGUUAUAUCUCUGCUAGCAAGCUGCUGACAGAGUCUGUAGAUACGUAAAAUCAGCUUUUUGCAAAUUUGGCUCUCUGAGUCACCGUUUGAAAGCAAUGGGAAAGAUCCCGAUGUUGGAAGGAAGGAAGAUGGCUUUAAUAUAAUUCAUUUACGAACUUUUGCACGCAACUAUUUUGAUUAAUAUUGAUGCUAAUAAUGACAGUAAUAGUAAUGACACACACACACAAGCAGUAAUACGCAAUGUCGACAUACGAUGAAUGAGCAAUAACAUACAGAAAAACAAGCAGAUGAUCGACAAAAAUUAGAUGAAGUAGCGCGCUUUGCCAACGUAAUAAAUUGCAUCACAAUUGUAGCCUUAUGAAGUGAUUACUACUGCUGCUGUCAUCAUCCUUUCAUUGAUCAGCGUAAAUUUAUUAAUUUUACUCAUCUCUUUAUGAAUUUCACUAACAAUGAUAUAAAAUCUUUUUGUUAAUUUAUUGUUUACUGUGACGCCAAAAUUCAAACAAAUUUUCACUGAUGAAAUCUGAUAAUGAAAGAUCUACCUUCCUUUUUCCGUUUUCUCUGUCGUUUCGAGACGAUUGAUUUUACUCGAUCACGUUUGAGGCAUUGUGACUCCGUAGGUUGAAAGAAACGACAAAGUUUUGAUUGUUGAAAAGCGCGAUUGAUUUGCAUUCAUUUGAUACCUCAGGAGAGAAACCGAGUCAGAUUCGCAAACAAUUGGAAAAAGUGCGACUAUUCGCAAUUGUACAGUUAAUAAUUAAUACGUUAUCGUUGGAAAGUAAUCAAUGAGCUACAUUAAGAAAAUAUCUUUCGCUCAUAUCAGAGAAACGCUGCGACACUUUUUCCUUUUAAAAAGAUGUGUAACUGCGAGAUUCUUUGGAAAUAUACUACGUUCGGGGUGUUUUUCUCCCUGUGAUGUAUCAAAGGAAUGCAAGACCUCGUUGAAUCUGUUCGUAACGCUCACUGACUAAUAAAGUGAUAUUGCGAUAUCGUAUCACAGUGUGUACAGAAAGUGAGAGAAAGAGAGUAUUCUGCCAAUAUAAUAAAGUGUUAAACCAUUAAAAAAA